AUGACAAAUGCGCAUGUUUCUGAAAGUGUUGAAUCUGCUGGAGUAAUUUCAAACCCACAACCACGACAAAUGAGAAAGGGAAGGGGGAAGACUAGAGGGUUUUCAAUCCAAAAGAAACGCAAAAAUAAUCCCAAUGGAAAGCUGGAGGUGAUUAUUCCACCCGAUCGAACAGUAGCAGUUGGUCCUGGAGCUAAUAAUUUUGUUACUGAGCUUUCAGUCACAGUUGACCAGAAUGCUAAGCAUGAUGUCAAAACUUGGAAGAAAGUUUCUGAUCUAGCAAAAGAAAGGAUUGUUGCUCAUAUGCUGGACGCCUUUGAAAUUACAGACACGCAACACACUAGGGAAACUAUCCUUCAUACAGCUAAUAAUUUGUAUCGAUAUCGUCGUAGUAGGCUCCAUGAUCAUUUCAAGAAAUUUGCUACAAAGGAGGAACGAUUGCAAAACAUACCAGAAGAUGUCACUGAAGUUGAAUGGAAAUUCUUGGUGGAGUAUUUCGACUCUGAUCCUUUCAAGAGAAUGAGUGCUAGAAACAAAAUAAACAAGGAAAAACAAGGAAUCAAUCAUAUUUGCGGUAGAAAAUCCUUCGGGGCAGUCUCUUUUGAAGAGAGAGAUGCAAUCACCGGAAAAGAGCCAAACUUUCAGAAACUUUGGGAGAAAACUCACAUGAAAAAUGGUCAUUGGGUCAACGAUGCCGCUGCUGAAUUGAAUGAUAAAGUGAAUGAAUUGGUUGCAGAGCAAGUUCAAGAAACAGAAGAGGGUACUGAUAUGGACCAUAUUGUUAAUGCGUCCUUUAUAAAAAUUGUUGGAGAAAAGUCAGGCUAUUACCGCGGCCAAGGAUCGGGACUUAAGCUAACAAAUAAGCGAUCCAUGCAAGGGCUUCAAGAGCAACUGCAAGCGCACAAAAAAGAGGUGGAAGAAGAACGCCAUAAACGAGAGAGUGUAGAAUCUAAACUUAAAGAAGUGCAAGAGCAACUUGAGGAGGAGCGAAAAAAUCUAGAAGUCAUUAAAGCUCAUGUAGGAGUCAUGGAAGUUCGUGUAGGACGUGAGCAGAAAAUGUUAAAAGAGGGCAUGGUGGGACUUGCAUCCCUUAUACAAGGUUCCAAGACUCGACUUCCUGCUGCACUUUUCAAUAUUAUUACAAAUUUAAGUGGUUCAGAUGAGGCAAGUCCUGCAAGUCCCACAGAUGACAUCAUGGAUGAUGAAGCGUAAACCAACGCUACUUGCAAUCUGAUUCAUGUGCUGCACAAGCCGGAAGAUUUGUCUUUUGGGUUAUAUUAUAUUAGAAUUUAGUGACCUAGGACAUAUGAUGUUUUUAUCCUUUUGUAAGUAAAAACUU